ACUGUUGGAGUGACUCUGAGGCAAUUACAGGACACAGUUUCAUAUGUUGUGAGCUUAGAAUCGAACCAGGUUUACUACAUUGUUCAGUCUGGUGAGAUGGAGAUGCAGCACAGCAGCAGCAGCAGCAGCAGCAGCAGCAGCAGUGUGACUGACAUUCAGCAGCUGUGGGGAAGUUGGACCACCAUUCUGAAGCGUUUUCAUGAUCACCCCAAGGUAGCACAGCUGAAGAGCACAAGACUCGGGCAGUACCUGAGCAGCCACCCUUUCUUUGCUCUCACAGUGUUGCUGUUCAGCGCCUUGGCUGCACUGCCUGUCGGACUUUUCCUCUCUUUUGCUCUUGUGACCUGUAUUAUGUCGGCAGUAGGUUUUGUUUUCUUUGAAGUGUUUCUGUUGUUUGUAGGAGGGCUGACUCUGCUGUGUCUGCUACCCGGCAUCGCCCUUUUCUCUGUCAUGGUUUCAGUCAUCUUUAAUGCGCUUUAUAUCACCGUCUCCAACAUCCUUAACCGCUAUUACCCGCAUCUGAGAAAGCAAGGUAAAGUCCAGGAGGAGGAGAGUGAAUGUGAAACUUCACAACUGAAGGAAAUGUAGACACAUCCUGGGGAUUUCAGAGUGGUAUUGAGUGUGUAUUUAAUGUAUUGGCUUCAUCUGAAAUGCAAACAAUGUCCCACAUUUGGCUAAUUCAAGAAGAAUAAAAUGUCUACAACAGCCAAAACAUGAAACAACUAACCUUUCAAUUGCAUUAAUAGCCAUAUACGGAAGACUUAUUUUAGUCUAAUCCAAACAUUUUCUAUAUGCACUAUGCACAUAUCUUGAAAUGGUGGCUGAUUUCAAGUAUUAGAGAAAGAGAAAAAUGUUGCCUCAUGGCUGUACAGUGUAGUUAAUCCAAAUGCACUAUUCUAUUUAGUCUGAAAAUGCCUGUGUACUGUAUGUUGUGUAUGUCUGCAAAUAUCUGAUGCACAUGCCUAUUAGGCAAAAAAAAUCACUACAAAAUAACUGUUACAUGUGUGUUUGCUGUUGUAGAAGAAAAUGAAUUACCUAACAAUUUUAGUCAAAGGACCAUUUUUAAAUUGUAAUUUAAUUGCAAAUCUACUCAGAUAGUUUUGUGAGUGAAUGUCUUCUCAGCUUUUGUUAUUCUGUUGCUUCCUGUAACUUUGUAUAGAACCCUGACUAGAAACUCAUUCUGGUCAGAGAGAAUCCUACAGCUUCUUGUGAGCUUCUUUCUCCACUGCGCAGUGAAUAAAACUCAUCUGAACCAGCCAUUGAAUUGGACCUGAGAAAACUUUUUCUUCUACACUGUUAACUUUUAAAGAGCACAAUGUUGUACGUUUGUAAUGCAGCUUUGAAUAAAUCCUUAUCAGGAUAAA